UCUUUUCCCACAGAUAUCAUCAAUGCCACCAAAAAAGAAGCAAAAGCUUGAAAAACUCGACAAACCCACCUUACAUACCUGCAACAAGACUUCCUUUGCAAAAGCUUUCUUGCCUAAUGAGACCUACCGGCAGCGUCUUCUAGAUUACAUCGCCAUCAUCCAUCAACUCGCUGACCAUGCUUCCCACGCUCUCAAAUUCUACAUCCUAUAUGCACCAACCUUUCCCACGGUAAAUGAAGAUACAAUCGAAGCGAUUCUCUAUCUUCUCAACAAGGGGGAGGCUUGGCAUCCAAGAAAGGAAGCAAAGAAGGCACUACGCGGAUGCUUGUUGCCAUACAUUCGUCGGUACUGCCAAAUCGUCGGCUUCAUUCACCCAAAUCUACGAGGCGAGCAGCAGUCAAUCAAUUACCUGACAGCGAGUAUGAUGACAAACCUGAAAGUCAACAUUCAAGAGCAUUUCAUGCAGAUGCUGCUCCGGUAUAUCAAUCUGCGGCUCAACGUGAAGGGACGGGGGCGACUGCCACUGAAAAGCGAUGCGCGGAAAGCUUUCUUUGCUCGUCUUCGCUACUUGAAGUCAAUUUUUCUUUUUGAUGUCAUGCCCGAGUCACUGGAUGACUUGACUGCUGAGGAGAGUGAGCUUCUAGAAGAGAUGUGGUCCUUCAUUCCCCUUUCUGACCAGCCGCUCGCAUAUUCGGUUGCUGUUGACCCUCUCGCUUUCUUUCCUGCUUACUGCAAACUCUCUGUGCUGUAUGAACGACAUGGCUUCCGUCGGUUCAGCGCAAUACCUCUUCGUCGGUCUCUGAUGCAGUCCCAUAUUCGCAUCGACACCGUCAUCCUGUACCAGCAUAUCCUUUGCAUCACACGACGAGAAGCGGAAACUGUCGAAAAGGUCGAUUUAUGGUUGCGCGUGUGCAACCUGCGGAACAAGGCUUUUCGGUCUCGCCGCGGUAUGCAGUUUGAAGGCUCGAUCAGUACAGAUGGAACCUCGGUGUCUGUAUACCUAAAGCACCCAGAAGCAGACAAGUAUGGAAAGGGAGCGAGAAAGUCAGCAAAGAGUUUAGAGGACGAAGUUAAAGUGCAAUACAUGGAGAAAAACUUACCUGCUUGUCGGGCAGCAGAAAACAUUGUCGUCAUUGACCCAAACAAGCGCGAUAUUCUCUACUGCCAAGACAGCAAUGGUACAACGUUCCGUUACACCGCAAACCAGCGAGCCAUGGAGACAGGCAGCCGUCGGCAGCGAAAGGAACGACAGCAGAUGAAGAAGGAAGCGGGAAUUGACCUCAUAGAAUCACGUAUCCCAAGCCACAAGACGAUGAACCUCAUGGACUUUACUCGCUACCUUCUUGUUCGCCGCGCAGAUUCGGAUCGUCGCAAGGAAUUCUACUCCCACCCUGCCCACACGCGAUGGAAAUGGCACGCAUUCAUAAACCGUCAGAAGAGCGAAUCAGACCUCAUAUCCAACAUGCACAACAAGUUUGGGAACUUUACCAUUGUGAUGGGAGAUUGGAGCGAUGCCGGUCGAACUGCGAGAUUUCAGACCUCAUCAAAGACGAAAGGCUGGCGCACCCUCUUUAAGCGCAACAGGAUCAACUGCUUCCUUCUCGACGAGUACAAGACCUCAUCUGUCUGCCCUCACUGUUUGGCCUCAUCCGCUGACUUCCUUGAAAAAGGCUUCAAAACACGACCUCAUUCAAGACCUUGGCGCCGUCGCGAAGGCAAGAUUGAAAAAGUCCAUGGAUUGCUGGGUUGUACCAACCCUAACUGUCAGCAAGCCUGGACGAUGCGCUACUGGAACAGGGACACGCUGAGCACCUGCAACAUGCUGAUGAUCGUGCAAUCAAUGUUAGAUGGACACGGUAGACCAAAAGUGUUCAGCAGGGGUGUUCCAGCCGUAGCGUAGAUUAGUUAGAUUACCUUUUCCGAACUGGUUGUCGCCGGUUCAAUCCCUGGUGCGGGUGCUAGUGCCAAUACCCAUCGGCUCCGCACUAUAUUAAGCUUGUUCUACAAAGCGGAACGACGUUCACAUGCAAAGAGUCUUUGACAAAGCACACAAUAAUAGUUAAAUACAAAUACAAG